AUGUUGGCCCAGGCAAAUGUGACGUCGGGCAAAUGUGACUACACGGUGAUUGAAUUAAUUUUUAUUUAUGUGUAUGUUUUAAAUUAUUUAUAUACAAUUCAUUUUAUACAUCCUUACUUAUUGAUUAUUCUGUUUUUAUUGUUUAUUGGAAUACUGAAUAGUUUUUUAUUCAUAAUACAGGUGUUUUAGUGUAUUAAUUUAUAAGCGCUAUGCUUAUAACAUAAACUAGAUCAGUUUUAUUUAUUGUAUUUAAAAACGAUCUGAAAUCUCAAAUUUGGCCCCAAUCCUUGCUGGUGUUCCUCAAGGCGCCAUCUCUUCUCCCAUAUUGUUUAACAUAUACACAUCGGAUCAACCAACCACUUCUCAAACUUCUGUAGCCGACUUCGCUGAUGAUAAAGUUAUAUAUAUUUCCGAAAAAAACCCAUUUCUUGCCAGCCAAUAUUUGCAGAACCAUCUAAACCUACUCUCUGAUUGGUAUUCCAAUUGGAGAAUUAAAAUAAACAAUGAAAAAUCAUCCCACAUCACCUUCACUCUCAAACAAUCCACAGUACCUCCAGUUUAUUUAAACAAUAAAGUUAUUCCUUCCUCCUCUAAUGUUAAAUAUUUGGGUCUCACUCUCGAUAAACGACUUACCUGGGCCUUACAUAUUAAGCAGAAACGUCUCUUGCUAAAUGCCAGACGAAGAGCGCUCUUCCCACUUAUAGGAAGACAAGCAAAAACUGACCUAAAAACUAAACUGCUACUGUACAAAACCCUUCUCAAGCCAAUUUGGUUAUACGGUAUCCAAUUGUGGGGUGCAGCAAAAAAGUCUAAUACUUACAAAAUCCAAGCAUUCCAAUCGACCUCAUUGCGAAUGAUUACAGGCGCUCCUCCGUAUGUUUCAAACCACACCUUACAUUCAGACUUAAAAAUUUUAACUGUCAAUGAAGAAGCCAAAAAUGCCUAUAGACUUUUCCGCGCGCGUCUUACAAACCACUCUAAUCUACUAAUCCGUGCCCUAAACUCCAAUUCCAUUCCAGGUAAUCCACCUAGAAGNCAGCUCGACGUCAUGUUCGCAUGUUGGCCCAGGCAAAUGUGA